CGCAACCUGGGCAAGUCCUCUUUCGCUUUCAAACCUUCGCACAACACGCACGUAUAUCAAGCUUACGCUCACGACAUAGAUUUCGUAGUCUCGCCCAACUCCUCGGUGCAGGCGUUGGUUGUAUGUGAAUAGAUUUAAUACGACACUAUUGCUUCGACUCAAUUUGUGACAGUACUUCCAAGUAUACGAAAGCGAAAGAUCUUGGAGACAAUCUUCAGUGCAACAUCUCUUUACGACCAGCAUGGCGGUCGUGACGCGGGUAGAUCAAAAUGGAGUUCCAUUGAAGCAGGUGCAGGAGGAAUCGGCCCUGGGCCUGCAAAACCUCAUACAGUCACUGCAUCAGAACGGAAACCUGACACCCACGUCCCUCUCCCGCAGCCCUUCCCCUGAGCCUGUCAUGCCCUUCAUGCGACUCUCGGAGAAGAUCGCCAAUCGCAUCGCCAGCAAGGAUCGGUGGUUCUCCUUGGAGUUCUUUCCUCCCAGGACGGCUAGUGGUGCCGUUAAUCUUGUGGGAAGAUUUGACCGUAUGUUCCACGGAGGCCCGCUCUUCUGCGAUAUCACCUGGCACUCUGCAGGCAACCCUGGAGGACGCAAGGAGACCAGCUCCAUGGAGAUAGCCCGGACCAUGCUCAACUACUGCGGCCUUGACACCAUGCUUCACAUGUGCUGCGUCAGUCAGUCGGCAGAGGUUAUCACGAGGCAUCUAGAGUGGGCCAAGGAGUGUGGCAUCCGUAAUAUCUUGGCCCUGCGUGGAGAUGUUCCCGGUCAUACAGAUGAAUGGGAACCUACUCCUGGAGGGUUUAACUAUGCUACUGAUCUUGUCAAACAUAUACGAAAAGUCUUUGGGGAUGAUUUUGUCAUCGCGGUAGCAGGCUACCCAUCUGGUCACCCCGAUGCCGUUAGCUACGAGGAUGAUCUCAAGUGCCUGAAAGAGAAAGUGGAUGCAGGAGCAGACUUCAUCAUCACACAACUCUUCUUUGAAGCCAAGACAUUCCUCAAAUUUGUCAGAGACUGUCGGGCGAUCGGAAUCACCGUGCCCAUCAUUCCUGGGGUCAUGCCAAUACAGGGUUAUCAUUCUCUAAGGAGUCUCGUAAAGCUGUCCAAGCUAGACGUUCCACAGGAGAUCAUGGAUGUGAUCGAACCUAUCAAAGAGAAUGAUGCGGCCAUCAGGAACUACGGCGUCCACCAGGCCGUCACUAUGUGCAAAGAAUUAUUUGAAAGUGGGGAAGUGUUUGGAAUUCAUAUCUACACCCUCAACCGAGAAGUGGCGACCAUUGAGAUCCUGUCGUCUCUGGGAUUAUGGUGCGGCGAGCCCAAGAGACCGCUCCCCUGGAAGACCACCGCCAACCUCAAGCGAAAGCAGGAGGACGUCCGUCCAAUCUUCUGGGCCUCCAGGCCCAAGAGCUACGUCUACAGGACGCAGGAGUGGGACGAGUUCCCCAACGGCCGCUGGGGCGAUUCCUCAUCCCCUGCCUUUGGUGAGCUGAAGGACUACCAUCUCUUCUACCUGGCUAGCAAGUCCAACCAGAAACAGUUACAGACCAUGUGGGGUGAGGAGAUCACCUGCGUGGAGGACGUCAGCGAGAUCUUCACCUGUUACCUGUCGGGAGAACCCAACAGAUAUGGCAACAAAGUCACACGCUUCCCGUGGAACGAUGAUGAGGUGUCCUCUGAGACGAUGCGGGUGUCCUCCCAGUUGGUGUCCAUGAACAAGCGCGGCGUCCUCACUAUCAACUCCCAGCCCAACGUCAACGGCGAACCGUCCUCCGACCCGGUGGUAGGAUGGGGGGCACCUAACGGUUAUGUCUACCAAAAGGCGUAUCUUGAAUUCUUUUGCUCACGCGAGAACGUUGCUGCCUUGCUGCAUAUACUCCAGGACUACCCGCUAGUCAACUACCAUGUCGUCAAUGCUAAGGGCACUGAGACCAUAACGAAUACUGACCGUCUCAAGCCGAACGCUGUGACCUGGGGAGUAUUCCCUGGUGCAGAGGUCAAACAACCCACCGUCGUUGACCCGAUCAGCUUCAUGUCAUGGAAGGACGAAGCAUUCGGCUUGUGGUUAGAAUCAUGGAGGACCCUCUACAAGGAAGGCUCCCCCUCCUGGCACGUCAUCCAGUUCAUCCACGACACCUACUUCCUGGUGAACCUCGUCGACAACGACUACGUCAAAGGCAACGUCCUGUUCGAGAUCAUCGAGCGUAUGCUGGAGAGGUGUGGGAACUCCAAGGGAGACUGCCGAGUAGGAGAUAUCGAAGAUGAGUGCAUAGCCACCAAGAGACUGAAGGUCUCUGAAGAGGAGAUGAGCUUGUCCAACGACUGAUGACCGCACUGAUGACCGCCAUUGCUGUAGGACAGAUACUGUCUGUCCAGAGGAUCUGAAAUACAAUUGAUGCAGCUUUGCAUUUCUCACAGUCGGUAGCUUGGGGGUUUAGAAUCUGAACCGAUGUGUUUAAUAAGCAGGAGCCACAUUCACACUUCUGAAAUAGGAGCACUUUGACCUAAUACAGUCAAACCUGUCUAUAGCGACUGCCCAAGGGAAACAUAAAAAGUGGCCUUUGUAUGAAGGUUCCUUUAGUACACGAUUCAAUGAGAAUCCAUUUUCAAGGGAAACACCAAAUGUGGCCUUUGUAGACAGGUGGUCACUAAAGCAGGUUUGACUGUAGCUGGAGAUCAGUCUCUGGCUCUAGGGGUUUGAAACCUGGGUCUUGGUCUUGGUCUUGGUCUAAUGCAAAGGAAAUAUACUCAGUAGAUUUCAUCCUGGGCCCCGUUUCAUAAAACUUGUGAUCAAUAGCAGGUUACUAUAACUGUUAUAAGUUACUGAAAUUAUGGCAUUUGAUUGGCUUAGAUCGAAUUUGUCAUAUAAAUUUAGCAUUUGUCAUUUUAUGAAACAGGGCCUUGGUCUAGGGUUCCAAGACCAAGGGCGGUGUAAAAAAUGACUUGUGGAAGCCAAGAUAUAGGUAGCCAGUGGUAUUUAACGUUUCCAAAGAGCCUCAAACCUGCCAUGUAAAAUAUAACCAAAAUGUAUAUAAGCAUGAAAGAAUUACUGUGCUUAAUGUGAAAGCAAAAGACUUAUCCUACUUAACUGCUCUUCUUGUUCCCUUUUACUGGGCUUGGAUGCUCAUAUUUCAUUGUGUGAAUGAUCUCUAUUCAUCAGGAUGAAUGCAUGGUUCGAACCUGUAAAGUAGACUGUGACGCUGCAAACACUUGCCAUGUUGAAAUAAGGUUGUCCCAAUGCAAUGCAUUGGGACUAGUUGGGUUAUUAAGUUCGCAAAAAACAAAAUCAAACAAAUUAUCUCUGAUUUUGAAUCUUUAUUUAUUUGAGAAAGUCAGUGAUUUAAAUCAAUACAUUGAUUGAAUAAUCAAGAUUGUUGAGUAAAAUUGUGAUUUUUCUUUUUUCUCACUAAAAAUACCCACUCUGGUUUAGUAUGCCAAUAGAGAGUGAUAAAGAGUGAUAAAUUGAUUGAUUAUUUAUUGUGCUCCUUGUCGUCAGUCACAUACAUGUAUGUUUGUAAAUUUUCACACAAUGUUUUCUUUUUGGCAGUAUAUUUAUUUAUCAAAUGUUUUAAUGCAUAUGUUUGCAGUAGGUGAAUGAAAGAUGUUUACCCUGGUAUGAAAAGUGGAUGUGGUGCAUAAAAUGAACUUCAGAUGUCUUAUACAUGAAAAUCAAAAGUAUCGUAUGAGGUGAAUGCCGCCGAAGAUGGCGUUAUCAACAAACUCGUACUCGCUGGGCGUCUUAAUUCGGGGAUCAUACCAUCUUCGUUCAGCAGCGAGUUAGUAGGGGGAGAUUGCAUAGCGCUGGAGGACAUCGUUAAAAUUAAAUCAGCCAGAUUCUGGACUAGUAUGAUGCAACUAGUGGAUUAGAAUACAUGUAUUAAUAUAAAUUCACAUUUUCAUGCUUUUUCAUUUUUAUGUUUUAGUUUUCAAAUAGUUCUUGUGUACAUGUCUUAAGUAUCCUUCAAGGGUUUUGACAAGAAUUGAAAUCUACAUAGUACAGGGAAACUAAAAACCAGUGUUAAUUAUAGUUCUUUUCAGCUGUUGCCAUGCUUAAAAGCUCUAUACGUUUUAUGUUGUCCAAACUGUCUUUGAAACACACAUUGUAUAUAGAUGAAUGUACAUACAUUACCGUUUGGAAUAGGAAUAUUUUGUUUUAAUUAUUCAAUGUAUCUUUGUUUUCAACCUACUAUAAUUUGUUUCAUUUCUGUAACAUUACUUUAUGUAUUGUAAAAACAUAUUUGAUUUAUGUUAUUAUUGUUGUUGGUGAAUAAAAUCACUCACUCAUUCAAUCUAUCCAUCCAUAAACCAACCCUCUGGAAUGUUUUGAUAUGUCCUUGCUUUCCUUAAAAUUAUUUGAAUAAGUCCACUGUAUUUUGCAUUAUACCUUUUAAAAGGACUUACAUUUAUUUGUUGGUAUUUUUUUGCCAUGUACUGAACUAUUUUGUAUAUUUAUUUCUACUAAUGUGAAUUGUGAACAUAGAGUUUGCUAAUGAAAUAUCUUACUUAUAACAUGGAGAAAUCUAGCUUGCAUAUACUUCACUGAUUUUAAUUCUUGAGGAAUUUCUUAUGUUAAUUAUAUUUUUUCUUAAAUAUCAUUGAAUAGCCACUGUAUUCAAAUACCACCAAUAAUGAGAAUAAUUCUCUUAUUUGUUUUAUGUCAAGGAAGAUUAUUGUGUGUAGUCUUAUGUACAAAUGAAUGGAGAUGGAAGAUUUAUCAUAUCAACUUUUGUUUUAAUUAUUCAAGCACUUCUUCUUUUUUUAAUGUUGGGGUAAUGUGCUUUAUCAAGUCACAAGCAGCAAAUUUGUUACCUUGUAUUUUUCAUCAAGCACAUGAACCAUUUUUCAGGCAUAUAUCAGGGAAAUUCUCCCUAUAUGUUCUUUAAUGGUUUCUUAGUACCUUACAAUUUGCUCAAAGGCUAAAUUGAACUUUCUAUUCUUUGUGUUUUUACCCACCUGACUAUUCAUCAGACUUCAGAAUGGUUUUAUGUUUUAGUACAGAAUUGAUUUGUCGUGUUAAACCACUAUAAAUCGUACUCCCAUUAUAUGUCUCAUUAUUUUAGGGGUGCUAGGGUUAUUUUUUUAACAUGGUAUUUUACACAGUGACUAAAGCAUUAACUCACUGCACUGGUGCAAGAAUUAGAGAUGAUUGUAAAUAAUUGUUUUAGCAGUAUUAUUCGUACAUGUUUCUUUGAUGAAUGUGGAUUAUGUGCCAUUUCCACUGACAUGUUAAUAUGUUAUUGUGCGAUUAUACAAUGCACCAUUGUAUCAAUAUAUCAUUAAAAAGAUAUUAAAGUGCGAAGAAAAGAGAAAAAUAAAUGUUUGAAGGUGAAUAAUAUCAUCAGAUUUCAUUUUUCAAUAAUUAUUAAUUGAGCUGUUGAAAUUAUUUUCAAUUUUUCAGAUUUGUAUACAUCACCUGCAUAUGCAUAUCAUAUUGAAAUUAAAUUGGCUGGUAUGUUAAUUUCAUAAUGUUUGGUUCAGGCCUUUACCACCAUGGAUACAUAUUCAUUCUGGAGAUGAAUUAUGGUGUUGGAUACUGACGUAAUCGAGGCUAUAAUCUACCCCUUUUUCUGGUAAAAAGCUAAUUAAUUUUGUUGAUAUAUCUUGUAACUCAUUUUAUCAGUAUUUUGAAUCUUUUUCUUAAAGAAAAUAAAUACAAGUCAAUAUUGACUGAAACUCCAUGCA